AUGACAUAUGCUGAGAGCUCUCUCGAAAGGAUGCCGUAUUACUUAUCUGACGAUAACACCGACCCAAGCCUCAACCUCGCCUAUCUGAAAGAUGCGUACGACCUGCUGCACCACACUCUGAAGAAUGAGCAGAGAGCAAAGGUUGACCUAGCUUCCUUGCCUUACAGCUGCGCAAUCCUUGAUUAUGGCAUGCGCACUGGAAUUUGGUCGAUUGAAACUGCAGAGUGCGUAAGGCACUUGCAUGGUCGAGUGGUGGGUUACGACAUUAUCGACAUGCACCCGCCAAUAGACAAACUACCGGAAAAUUUGACCCUCGUCACAGGAGAUGACGGAAAGGUGUGGCGCAAAGACAGUCCCUACGACAUCAUUCACGUGCGAUUCGUCGAGAGCAUCGUAGAUUGGCAGAACUUCUCCAAAAUUGCCUAUAACAAUCUCAACACGGGUGGUAGCUUGAUCGUCGAAAUGGUUGAUCUUAUGCCUUGCGGCGACGAGCAGAAGUCUUUUCCAGGAAAUUCGGCUCUCAAAGCCUGGGCAGAGAAGUUCCGUCAGUACGAUAAGCAUCAAGCUGAUCAACAGGAAAUCGAGGCUUUACUUCGAGAUCAGGGCUUCGACGUUACAUGCGCAGCGAUCGAUUUGCCGAUCAAUCCCUACAGGCAAUCUAGAAAUGAGCAAGAGAGCGGUAAACGCUUUUAUUGGUGCCUCAGACAGUUUCUGCAGGCGAAAUGCUUUGCAUCUCGUCGCGAGGCCCCGCCGCAAGAAAUGUUGGACCUGGUGGCGGAUGCAACCAAGGAAAUCCGGAAUCCCGAUCACCAUGCAUUGUGUAAAUGCUACGUCUUGACGGCUUUCAAGAGGGCGGACAAAUGUAAACCAUGGUGGUGA